AAAGAGAGAAAGAAGGAAGCCAUUUUGGUUCCACAGUGACAUGUCUGCCUGCUCUUUGCCUUCUUCUCUCUGGUUUCUGCCCCUCGUGAGACGCUCGGCGAGCUAGAGUGCGGAAGGAGUGGUGAGGAGCAAGGCCCGUUGAGCAGAAGGACCGGUAACAUAAAAUCUGGAGAAAACCCACAAGGCCGAGGCUUAAGAAGAAAACGUAGAAAUCAUCCCCAGGUGAACGCCAAAUGGUGGCGUCCUCACAUUAGAGUAACACACGUGUGGGUUUGUUGUCAGCCAGACAGGCUUUGUGUCUUUGAGAGUCGAGGGCAACGCAGGAUGAGCUCAGACCGGGUGCCGUCCAGGUCGGAGGUGAUGGGGUGGAACCCCCAGCAGUUGGCAGACUACCUGAAGAGGAUGAGUCUGUCCGGCUGUGAUAAAGCUGUGCUGAAGAACUCUAUCAGCGGCUCCAGAUUUGUGAAUCUGAGCGACAAUGACCUCCAGAAAUUCCCCAAGCUCCACGCUCCGAUCAUCUCCAAGAUCAGCAGUGAAAUCAGCAAGAAGGAGGAGAAGAGAGGCCUGUUUGGGAAAAAAUUGACGAAAUAUCAGGAGCCAGUCACCACCGCCGCUGAUGUUCAGGGCUGGGGUGAAGACGAGUUUGAUGAUGACUUGGACAAUGAAUACGAGAGUCCGUGCAGCGGGGACGAGAGCAGCGGGGGAGACUACGAGUCACCGAAUGAUGAAGUAGAUGGAAACGACUAUGAGCCUCCUCCGUCCGAGCCUCCGGAGGACCUGCAUCACAAGCUGUGCCCCACCCUGCCCAUCGGAGAUGACGACUACAUAGAUAACCUUGCGCCAACCAGAGGACAACCUCCUGCUGUGAAUCCCCGCUCCCCAGCCUUCACCCCGCCUGCUCCAUCUGCCCGGAUGCCAGGAGAGCCGUCCUCUAGGAGAGACCCCUCCCCACAAUGUGGUGGGCGACCAGCAGGAAAAAUUCCUCCAGGGCCACCACAGAUUUUUCGUGCCAACAAACCGGGCAAACCCAACCCGUCCCCCAUGCGAGGACCUCACUGCAACACAGUGGACAAGCCAAGCAGACCAUCUUGGAAGUCUCAGCCGGGCGCCCCCGAAGCCUCCACCUGGCCUAAACCUCCUGUUGUCCCGUCACCCGCCUCCUCCAUCAGCAGGAGCGGCUCUUCGGCCCGGCCUUCGCCCAACAGGUUUGAUGACAGGAGAGAGCAAACACACGAUGAAGCUCCCAAACACAACACCUUUCCCCUCUACAAUAAAGGUCUGCCACCCCGUCCUGGAAUCCCUGGGGCCACCUCCCGUUACGGUCCGCCUCCCAGUGCCCCCACUGCAUGCUCUCUGCCUCACAAACUGCAGUCUGCGCUGGCUGAACACAGAGGCAGCUUCAGCGGAGCCCACAGCAGACAGUCAUUUCGUCCUCCUCCACCCACAGCUACAACAGACACAAAGGGGCUGGAUCCGGUCUGGUACAUGGGUAAAGUGACCCGAGGUCAGGCAGAACGAUAUCUGAAACAAGUCAGAAAGGACGGGGUGUACUUGGUGAGGGACAGCACCCAGCAGCUGGCCGAUCAGCCCUACACCCUGAUGGUCUUCUACCAGGACAAGGUCUACAACAUCCAGAUCAGACAGCAGAACCAGCAGUUCCUGCUGGGAACCGGACUCAAAGUCCAAGAGUCUUUUCCAUCAGUGAGUGAAAUCAUCAGCCAUUACGCCCAGUCUCCUCUGCUCCUCAUCGAUGCCAAAAACCGCAGCUCUGGCCAGCAGAAACAGUGUAUGCUGUCCGACCCAGCUGGAUCCUACAUGAGCGGGCAGAGCUGGUCCUGACCAGAUCGGACUGACCCGGAGGGAAGCCCGACAGGCAGGGUUCAGAUGAGCGUCCACGUUAUACGUCACUAGCUGGUGUUGUAACCCAU